UCGGCGGCGUUGCCUUUGUGGCUGUGGAAGUUGUGACAGCUUUAUCUCGGGAAGGAUGUCCUGCCGCGGGGACGAGCUGCAGCGCUGCGCCCUCCACACGCACCUCUGUGAGCGCGGGGCUGACAGGGUCGCUCAGGCCAGCCUGUGGCCCUCCAUAGCUUUCCAGAAGCUGCUGUCUCUGGCAGAGGCUGAGUCCUCUUUCCCCGUCACGGACUGGACACGCCGGGAGCAGUGGUGGCGAGCAGCGCUGGAGCCAGGCUUGCCGUCUGUUCUGUGGGCCUUUGGGAGCGUGUGCUGCCUCACGUGGGUUCGAGCAGCACCUUGUGUGGCCCAGGGUGGGGUGUUUUGGUGACUCCUACACUAGAUGUUGGACUGGGAAUGCCCGGGAGGAGGCUAGGUGAAGAAAGCAGGGGUAGGAAGCAGGAGCUUUAGGGGGAAAAGCUUCUAGGAGUUAAGAGAAGGCAUACAGGAGAGUAUAACGCCUUUAUAUUUACCAGACUAUGUAAUAUUCAUUCAGAACCUCAGUGCCUUGCCUGUCAGCUUUGGUGGCAUAGAGGAUCUUGCCUGUAGAGAGAAAGAUCCUUCACUUUAACUUCAUCAUCUCUCGCUGCUUGCCUGGUGAACUUGUACGUUGCAGCUGUUACCAGAGGAAGUAUCUGCUUUGUGUGCUUGUCCCGCGUGCCUGAGGAGAAAAGUAAAACUGUCUAGCCAAAGAGCAAAGAUGCAGAGCACUUCAAAUUACCUCUGGCUGUUGUCUGACAUUCUAGGACAGGGAGCUACUGCCAAUGUUUUCCGCGGACGACAUAAGAAAACGGGGGAUUUAUAUGCUGUCAAAGUAUUUAACAGUAUAAGUUUCCUUCGUCCUGUGGACGUUCAGAUGCGAGAGUUUGAAGUAUUGAAGAAACUAAAUCACAAGAACAUUGUCAAAUUGUUUGCCAUUGAAGAAGAGACAACGACUAGACACAAAGUACUAGUUAUGGAAUUUUGCCCAUGUGGGAGUUUAUAUACAGUUCUAGAGGAGCCAUCUAAUGCCUUUGGUUUACCAGAGUCUGAGUUCUUAAUUGUUUUGAGAGAUGUGGUGGCUGGGAUGAACCAUCUCCGGGAGAAUGGAAUAGUGCACCGUGACAUCAAACCAGGCAAUAUCAUGCGUGUUAUAGGUGAAGAUGGUCAGUCUGUUUACAAACUUACAGAUUUUGGUGCUGCAAGAGAACUUGAAGAUGAUGAACAAUUUGUUUCUCUCUAUGGCACAGAAGAGUAUUUACAUCCUGAUAUGUAUGAGCGAGCAGUUUUGAGGAAAGAGCAUCAGAAAAAGUAUGGAGCAACAGUUGAUCUGUGGAGCAUAGGGGUGACCUUUUAUCAUGCUGCAACGGGGAGUUUGCCUUUCCGACCUUUUGAAGGACCUCGUAGAAACAAGGAAGUGAUGUAUAAAAUAAUCACUGGAAAGCCUUCUGGUGCUAUCUCUGGAAUACAGAAAGCAGAAAAUGGACCAAUUGAAUGGAGCUGGGAGAUGCCUGUUUCUUGUAGUCUUUCAAAGGGUCUGCAAGUACUGCUCACACCUGUGCUUGCAAAUAUUCUUGAAGCAGACCAGGAAAAAUGCUGGGGAUUUGACCAGUUCUUUGCAGAGACAAGUGACAUACUGCACAGAAUAAUAAUCCACAUCUUUUCACUGCAGCAGAUGACAUUGCACAAAGUUUAUAUCCACAGCUAUAAUACAGCAGCUAUAUUUCAUGAGUUGGUCUACAAGCAGACAAAAAUACCAUCUCAGAAUCAAGAACUAAUAUAUGAAGGUCGGCGUUUCAUACUAGAGCCUGGCAGAUUGGCACAGCAGUUCCCCAGAACGACUGAGGAGAAUCCUAUCUUUGUAGUAAGCAGGGAGGCUGUGAACAUUGUCGGAUUAAUCUAUGAAGAAGUUUUACUUCCUAAAGUACAUCAACAUUAUGAUUUGGAUGGGGAUGCCAGUAUGGCUAAAGCAGUAACAGGUAUUGUAUGUUAUGCCUGUAGAGUUGCCAGUUCUUUGCUACUUUACCAGGAACUGAUGCGAAAAGGAAUACGAUGGCUAAUUGAAAUAAUCAAAGAUGAUUACAAUGAAAUGGUUCAUAAAAAGACAGAGGUUGUCAUCAGGCUGGAUUUCUGCAGCAGAAAUAUUGAGAAAGCUGAGAAAAUUUACGAGAAUUUGAUGCAGAUCAACUUGGAAGCAUCAGAAGUGGACGAAAUUUCAGAGAUACACACAAAACUGCUGCGUCUCUCCAGCUCUCAGGGCACAAUAGAAACUAGUCUUCAAGAUAUCAAAACCAAACUUUCUCCUGGUGGUUUACUGACUGACACUUGGGCAAAUCAGGAAGGCAUGCAUCCAAAAGACAGAAAUCCAGAAAGGCUGCGGGUGCUGCUGUGUUCCAUCACAGAUAUUUAUUAUCAGUUCAAAAAAGACAAAGCAGAACGAAGGCUUGCUUAUAAUGAAGAACAAAUUCACAAGUUUGACAAGCAGAAGCUGUAUUUGCAUGCCACAAAAGCCAUAGCUCUAUUCAAAGAUGAAUGUGUCAGCAAGUAUGAGACAUUUUUGGACAAGGCUGAGGACUGGGCAAGGAAAAUGCUUCAUACAAGGAAACAGUUACUGGCUCUCACCAACCAGUGUUUUGAUAUUGAAGAAGAGGUAUCCAAAUACCAGGAUUAUAUAAAUGAGUUACAAGAUGCUCUGCCCCAGAAAAUGUUUGCAGCUUCCACUGGGAUGAAACAUACAAUGAACACAGUCUAUCCAAGUUCAAACACACUAGUGGAGAUGACACUUGGUAUGAAGAAACUAAAGGAGGAAAUGAAAGGCGUUGUUAAAGAGCUGGCUGAGAACAAUCACAUUUUAGAAAGAUUCGGUGCUUUGACUACGGAUGGUGGCCUGCGGAGCGUGGACUGUGUUUAGCUUUCAAAGGACCUGAAGAGGCCUUGUAAAUUUUUUCAUAGGGAAAAAAACAACAUAGGGACAUUUAAAAGCAGAUAACAAAUCUGUAUCCAGGGUUUUUUUUUUCCCUCUACAACUGUAGUAUUAAAAAAAAUGUAAAUAUGUAUCAUAUGUAAAUAUGAAAGAAAUAUAUAUCUUUUUCUGGUCAAAGUUAGGAUAGAUUUACCUGUGGCCCCUUGCAGGAUCUCUGACAAAAUCCUAAAGGAAAAAGUAUUGUUGAUGAAAUUGAUACUUGUUUGCUUUGAAUAUUGCCCUUUUUUCAGAACGCAAUUUAAGCUCUAUUGCAAGAGGACCUGCAGAACUCUAAACAUUAUGAAUAGUCUUUAAAGGGUGUUUUGGACUUCCUUUAACCACCACUAUUACCUUUGAGUCUAGCGGAAUGACUCUCAUCAUCACAGAACAGUUUUAAAUGAAAUAUUUUUAAACAAGUGUGACUAGGGAAUAAAAGCACAGAUAGGACAGAGUGGAAAUGCAUUUAUCUUCACAUCCAAACUGUUAGUUCGCUUUUACUUGAGAAAACAAAGUCAUGGUAUUUUUUUAAGUUCUUCUCCAUAUUUGGUGCCAUGUUGUCUGCAAUCAUUUGACUGCUGGAAGUUUUGCACUCCAGGUUGUCAGACUGAAUUUAAGAAUUCCUUUUUUAAAGUACGGCAUUUUCAGAAUUUCCCUUAAAUCUUGUUGCUUACCACAGAAUAAGCGGGUUCUUAAAAUAAAAUAGGUUUUUCAGAAUCCUGCCUGCAGGCAUGAUUUUUUAAAAAGGUUAAAAAUGGCUAUUAGGAGAAUUUAGAAGGCAGAUCAGUAGACCAGGCAGCAUCAUGCCUCAGUGGUAACUGAAUUUUGGAAAAAUAAGUUACAGUCAGAUCUUGAAAAGGGACUACACCCACUGCCAACUUAUGACUGAGAUAUCAAACUGAGGUGGAAAUUUAGUCAGACUGUAUAUUUAUUAUCCAGCAUCAGUAGUUACUACUUUCAGUACUAUAUGAUUGGGUUGCAGAGAUGCAGAAUGAAAGAAUCUGCUCCCAAAUAUGUAGGAGAGGAGAAAGAGAAUCCCUUACUUUUGUUUGGAUAUUACAGGUUUACUUACUUGUUUCAGACUGAGAGCAAGCAAAUAUUGCAGGACUCAUUCUUUCCUUGUAGAAGCCUGGCCAUGGAUGUUCAGUGGUGUCCAACAGCACUUCUAAUUGCUAUAUUACAUCUGUAAGAAGAGCUGCACCAAGUAUAUUGAGAAUUUUCCAUAAUUAAUGGUGAAACAUUUAGGUAUAAGCUGAACAGCAGUAAACUGUGAUAGCAUCUGACAGUUUUGUGAUGCUUAUUCCCUGCUUAUCUUUCUGGGUCAGAACACAAAACAUUUCCAUUGCUUUUUAAAAAAUAUUUGACUAGAAACUUGUAAAAGUUAGAAUUUAUUCGUUCAUUGUUUAAAAUAAGAGGAAAUUUACUGCCUUGAUGUCCAAAACCUGCUUUCCUGUUUUUCUUGGUGAGAAUCAGACAUUAAAAGGGAAUUUGGAUAGUUUUACACCCGUAAGAGCAGCUUUUUUCUUUGCGAGCUUUGUCCUUACAAAAAUCUAGCUAUGCAAAAGGAGUGCAACAGUUUGUUAAAUGUUUUUCCUUGGUUAGCCAUGGCAUUCUUACCUGUUUUAAAAUACUGGAAUCAUGUCUUAACUGGAGUGUUAUAAUGCCUGCUUGUACAUUUGUUCAUUCACAUCCACAGUCUCACCAAGUGUCAGUAAAACACGUGCAAAAGUUUCAAAGAAUUGAGCUCUCAGACUGUGCAUAAAUUGAACUUUUUUUUCCAAUAUUACAUCAGUAACACUUGGUCAUUUUGAAGGUUCUUGAUUUUGAAGGCAAUAAAGUCUUAGCUUGAAUAUGUAAUUUUCAACUUCUUUAUAUUGAAGCAGUCUGACAAAGAAGGUUAAUUGCAGUAACAAUAUAGUCUGUAUAUCAAAAUAUGCGCAGACUUCUUUUACAUGAUUGAAAAUCGUUUAUAUUUUAUUUUAAUUUUUAUUUUUAUUGCUGGUUUUAGUGUUGCUAAAUACAUCAGUAAUCUUGUUAAAAUUUCUCUUUCUAAAGCAAUUUUAACUACGCAGUAGCUAAUGAAGUAAUCAGUUUGUAAUGUCCCGAUUACCUUCUUAUGAAGCAAAUACAUUCUCAAAGUCCAAGCAGAGUGUUGCAGUACCAUCAAUUUUUGACUUGCACUAAGUGUCCUGAUACUAUCAUUCAUGCUACUGAUUUGCCAAAAGAAGUAAUGGAAAGUAAUAUAUGGUUCUUCCUCCUGAAGCUAGUUUACUGUCUUGGGAGGGUUUGCUUAGUAUAUUAAUUAUCUGUUACUUGAACAAGCCUGUCUUCAUAUGAAUUGUGACAAUGCAUGAGUGAAUGGCUUAAUGGCACAAAUACAUCAUCAACCACUUGC